AUGGCGAAUUUCGACGUGAGUUCGCAGAGGGCCUCUCUGCUCAGCGACGCGACCACAUUGGCGCAUUUACCGCCAGAGUUGCUGCACGUCAUUCGCGAUCAGAACCCGACGAAUCUUCUGGACGCGCCUAUAGACUACGCGUUCUUGUCAUUGUUUGAGCAUGCUCGUGCCGAGUCGAUACAGAGGCAGAUCGCCGUCGUGAAAGAACAAGUGCGAGAACUUGCCCCCUCGCGCAUACCACCCCAAGAUCUCACCAGCCUGGUCGUUCAUUAUGGGAACACCGUGCUUCCCCGGCCGCGCGGCGCGCCAAAAAAGGGCUCUUCUCUCAUUGCCACUCCCACGACCCUCCUAAAUCUCGAGAGCCUUGCGAAGCUUCUCCAACAGGCGGGACCCAUCCUCCUCCACGGACCUUCUGGUGCUGGUAAAACGGCCUCAGCUCUGGAGCUGGCACGAGAGCUGGGAAUGGACGACAGUCUCGUAACUCUGCACCUAAACGAGCAGACUGACGCCAAAAUGCUCAUCGGCCUGUACACCACCGGUACAAAGCCCGGUUCUUUCGAGUGGAGGCCGGGUAUCCUGACCACGGCAGUCAGAGAAGGGAGAUGGGUUCUGAUAGAAGACCUCGACCGCGCGCCGACCGAGGUCAUGAGCACGCUGCUUCCUCUCAUUGAACGAGGCGAGCUCCUCAUCCCGAACCGUGGUGAAACGAUAAAAGCCCCUAGCAGCUUCCGUAUUUUGGCCACGGUGAGGACACACAAGGGGAUGGAUGGCCAGGAGAAUAUCCCUUCCCUGCUCGGGCUGCGUUUCUGGACCUUGCUGCCAGUGCAAAGCAUGGUGCAAGAUGAGCUCCAGACAGUCAUGCACGAAAAAUAUCCACUCCUAAGCAAGUUCGUGGCAGAUCCGAUUCUCAAGGUUUAUGAACGAGUGUGUCUCCUCCUGAGCAACUCGGGGCUUAUUCCGGGCGUGUCCGCAGCAUCAGAACGUCCGAUCAGCUCUAGAGAUCUGUUCAAGUGGUGUCGACGGUUGGAGAAGAUUAUCGCUUCAACAGGCGCGAAGACAGGCGAGGAACCGAUCAGCGAGACGGCAUACGACAGCAUGUUCAUGGAGGCUAUCGACUGCUUCGCAAGUGGCAUCAAGGACUAUCGAGUACGCGACAAGCUGAUCCUCCACAUUGGCGAGCUGAUGGGAAAGUCAAGCCAGCGCGUGGAGCACCAUCUCAGCUCGCACAUCCCCCGACUGGCGGAGACUGAGACGCACCUCACGGUUGGACGAUCAACGUUGCGGAAAACGAGACGACCGGAUCGCGUCACGAAAUCGAGAAGGCCAUUUGCGCCGACCACACACGCCAGACGGUUGUUGGAGCAGAUCUCAGUGGCAGUGAGCUUGAAAGAGCCGGUAUUGCUCGUAGGAGAGACCGGUAUAGGGAAGACCACUGUUGUGCAACAGCUCGCUGAAAGCCUCGGUCAAAGGCUGAUUGCUGUGAAUCUUUCCCAGCAGAGCGAGGUUGGCGACCUCUUGGGCGGUUUCAAACCCAUCAACGUGCGCAACCUGGCUGUCCCUCUGAAGGAGGAAUUUGAGGACCUUUUUGCGUCAACUGGAAUCUCGGAAGAGAAGAACCAAAAGUAUUUAAAGUCCAUCAACAAGAGCAUCGCGAAGGGCAAAUGGUCCGACGUUGCGAAACUCUGGAAUCAGGCGCCAAAGAUUUUCGAAGAGAUCCUGAAGGUGAAGGUUGCCAAGAAGAACCGGGACAAGACGCGUGACGCCGAUGGUCAACCUGCGAAGAGGCGGAAGACUGGCUCCACAAAACUAGAGACGCUGCUGGAGCUCAAGCCCCGUUGGGACAAAUUCUCGAAGAACUUGGAGCAAUUCGCGAUUCAGCUAUCGGGAGGUUCAGGGGGCUUCGCAUUCGCUUUUAUCGAGGGCAACAUCGUCAAGGCCGUCAGGAACGGAGACUGGGUGCUUCUAGACGAGAUCAACUUGGCAUCACCGGACACGUUGGAAAGCAUAGCGGAUCUGCUCCAAUCAGGCCCAGACGCGACGCCCUCGAUACUUCUGUCAGAAACAGGCGAGAUUGAGAGGAUCCAAGCUCAUCCCAACUUCAGGAUAUUCGGAGCAAUGAACCCGGCAACUGAUGUCGGUAAACGAGACUUGCCCCAGGGGCUUAGGUCAAGAUUCACAGAGCUUUACGUCUCUAGCCCAGACAAGGAUUUCAAGGAUCUUGUUACGAUUAUCAAAUCAUAUCUCAACGGCCAAAACUCCCAGAUCGAUCAGGCUGCGGACAAAGUUGCCAACCUCUACAUGCGUAUCAAGGAGCUCGCCGAGGCCAAAGCACUCGUUGAUGGCGCCAACGAAGUACCACACUUCAGCUUGCGUACCUUGACACGAGUGCUGACGUACGUCAAUGAUGUUGCUCCGUACUAUGGCCUCGAGAGGUCUCUGUACGAAAGUUUCUGCAUGGGUUUCCUGACACUAUUGAGUCGAGCGUCCGAGACGCAGGUCAUGCCCCUCAUUGUGCAGCACUUGUUCGGCAAGGACCUUAACCGUCUUCUGUCAAGGCCGCCCAAGUAUCCGACCGACGGGCGUGAGUACGUCAAAUUCACGGAUACAGACGACAGCCGAGUCUACUGGCUGCUCAAAGGCGCCGAAGCCCCGCAGGAACGGGCGGACUACAUCAGAACGCCGUACGUUGAGCGGAAUCUGCUGAACUUGGUGCGAGCCACCUCCACACGGCGGUUCCCCAUCCUCAUCCAGGGUCCAACGUCGGCAGGAAAGACAAGUAUGAUCGAGUACCUCGCUGAGUACAGCGGCAACAAAUUUGUGCGAAUCAACAACCACGAACAUACUGAUCUUCAAGAGUACUUGGGCACCUACAUAUCUGGCUCAGAUGGCAAAUUGAAAUUCCAAGAGGGUCUUCUCGUACAGGCCAUGCGUCAGGGGCACUGGAUUGUUCUUGACGAGCUGAAUUUGGCACCCACCGACAUCCUCGAAGCGCUCAAUCGUCUUCUUGACGACAAUCGCGAGCUGUUGAUCCCAGAGACUCAAGAGAUCGUCCGGCCCCAUGAGAAUUUCAUGCUCUUUGCAACGCAGAAUCCUCCAGGGCUCUACGGCGGUCGUAAAGUCCUCUCAAGAGCUUUCCGCAACCGUUUCCUCGAGCUCCACUACGACGACAUCCCUGAAGACGAGUUGGAGCAUAUUCUGCAGAAGCGGAGCAUCAAUACGGCACCUUCCGACUGCAAGAGAAUCGUCUCCGUCUACAAGGAGCUUUCCCGCCUGCGGCAGACCAGCAGGGUCUUCGAACAGAAAGACAGCUUUGCAACGCUGAGAGAUCUCUUCAGGUGGGCUCUUCGGGACGCUGAAACACGCGAAGACAUUGCCAAUAACGGUUUCAUGCUGCUGGCAGAGCGUGUCCGGGAUGAUGAGGAACGCGACGCGGUGAGGCAGGUCAUCGAGACGGUCUUCAAAGUCAAGAUUGACCCCGACCAGCUGUACAAUGAGAGAUUUAACCGGGCAAUGCGGCGGGCCGGUCUCAAAGACAACAAGCAGGGCGUUGUGUGGACCAACGCCAUGCGCAGACUGUACACUCUGGUCUCCCAGGCUCUGCGGAACAAUGAACCAAUUCUUCUGGUUGGUGAGACUGGAUGUGGGAAGACGACAAUUUGCCAGUUGCUUGCCGAGUCUCUUGGCAAAGCACUUCACAUCGUCAAUGCGCAUCAGAAUACUGAGACGGGCGAUUUGAUCGGCUCGCAGAGGCCAGUCCGGAACCGCGGGGCCAUUGCUGAAACCUUGAAGCAAAGCCUGGUGGAAGCUUUCGAGUAUUUGCGACAAUCGCCGCAAGGCAGCAUCGAUGACCUCCUGGCGCGCUAUCAUGCUCUCCCUGCAGAUGACAGCAGUCGGAUCCCCGAUGCUGUGCAGGAGAAGGUCCUUGCCAAUGAGAUCAGGAGCAAGGCUCUGUUCGAGUGGUCGGACGGCAGUCUUGUGCAUGCCAUGAAGGAAGCACAUUUCUUCCUGCUGGACGAAAUCUCUCUGGCAGAUGACUCCGUGCUUGAGAGACUCAACUCUGUUCUCGAACCAGGACGAAGCCUGUUGCUUGCUGAGAAAGGCACCGACAACUCGUUCGUGCGCGCCGCGGACGGCUUCCAGUUCUUCGCAACUAUGAAUCCUGGCGGUGACUUCGGCAAGAAGGAGCUCUCGCCCGCAUUGAGGAACAGAUUCACGGAGAUCUGGGUGCCGCCUCUGUCAAAUAGGCAAGAUAUCCUGGACAUUGUGUUCGAUAAACUGAAGCCCCAGUUCAAGCCCCUUGCACAUGUUAUUGUGGAUUUCUCGUACUGGUUCGGCAAGACAUGCCGCUCAUCAUCGGCCACUGCCUUCUCUAUUCGUGACAUCCUGGUCUGGGUCAACUUCGUCAACCAUGCUCAGGGCAUGCAGCCUGCCAUGGCCGUGUUGCACGGAGCAGCCACGGUGUUCAUCGACACUCUUGGUGCUAACCCCUCAGCACUGCUCUCACUGGAUCCAAAGACCAUGGACGAGCAGAGGCAGAAGUGCUUGGACAAGCUGAAUGAGCUCCUUGGAAAUGGCAUCGACGUCACUGCCAUUUAUAGGAACGAGCCACAGCUGGCAAUCGGUGAAGGAUUUGUUCAAAUUGGGGAGUUCUCUGUCUCUCGGAUGCCUAGCGGUGAGGAUGACUCUGCCUUCGCUUUUGACGCCCCAACAACCAAAAUGAAUCUCAUGCGAGUCAUCCGUGCCCUCGCGGUGAACAAGCCUGUUCUGCUUGAGGGCAACCCGGGUGUGGGCAAGACGACACUCGUCAGCGCCCUGGCUCUGGCAUGCGGGAGGCCGCUCACCCGCAUCAAUCUUUCAGACCAGACGGACCUGAUGGACCUCUUCGGUACCGAUGUCCCCGUCGAAGGUGCGGAGGCCGGAAACUUCGCAUGGAGGGACGCACCUUUCCUCCAAGCGAUGCAGAAGGGCGAGUGGGUUCUGUUGGAUGAGAUGAACCUCGCCUCCCAGUCUGUCCUCGAGGGUCUGAAUGCCUGUCUUGACCACCGAGGAGAGGUGUAUGUGUCGGAACUGGAUCAAGUCUUCAAGUGCCACCCGGACUUCAAUCUUUUUGCAGCCCAGAACCCACACUCGCAGGGCGGUGGCCGAAAAGGUCUCCCCAGCUCUUUCGUCAACCGGUUCAUCGUGGUCUAUGCCGACGUAUUCACUGAGCAGGAUCUCAUGCUCAUCGCCGGAAAGAGGUACCCCAACGUGCCUCAGGACACCAUUCAGAAUAUGAUCAGAUUCGUGUCAGCUUUGGAUUACGAGACAUCUGUUCGCAAAAGCUUCGGCGCCCACGGCUCUCCUUGGGAGUUCAACCUGCGAGACUCACUCCGGUGGCUGGAACUUCUUGCCUCGGAGGACAAGUUGCUUGCCUCAGCUCAAGCAUCCGACUUCCUGGACAUAAUCAUCACGCAGCGUUUCCGCUCCGCGAUUGACAGAGAGAACAUUGCACAAUUGUUUACAGGAGCUUUCGGAGCGCCGCCUCAACCGCACAGUCUGUAUCACAACCUCACCUCGGCCGUAUGUCAAGUCGGACUGGCCAUGCUGGAUCGCAACCCUCUGCUCCAGCCGAGCCGCUUCCCUAAUAUGGAUGUCGUGCCACGUCUUGCGGAAAUCGAGUCUCUCCUGAUCUGCGUCAAGCAAAACCUGCCGUGCAUUCUCGUCGGACCCUCCGGGAGCGGAAAAUCAUCGAUACUCAACCAUGUAGCUGCCUCCGUCGGAAAGGAACUGGUCGUCUUCCCCCUGAAUGCGGACGUCGAUGCCAUGGAUCUCGUUGGCGGAUUCGAGCAGGCGGAUCCCUUGAGGGAUCUCCACGCUAGUCUGGACGAACUUCACGAUGCUCUUCUGGAAUAUGCCUUGUCAUUACUGCCCCAGAAAUCGUCACAAAAUGCCGUCAACCUGAUCAGCGUCCUUGACGAGCGCGGGGGAGAAGCUCGUCUCUCGGAAACCACUGUGUGCUUAGAGGCACUGGCCUCAGAGAUACCAGCCGACUCUUUGCUGGGGCAGCGACUUUCACAUGCACACCAAAUGCUGAACUCUCCAAGGACUCUGGCGAAUCCGCGAUUCGAGUGGCUCGACGGAGUCAUCGUCCGCGCCAUGGAGGCAGGCAAAUGGCUCGUCCUCGACAAUGCGAACCUGUGCAGCGCGUCUGUCCUCGACAGGCUGAACUCGUUGCUCGAGCGCCCCAAUGGGUUCCUGAGCAUCAACGAGCACACUGGUCCGGACGGCGAGCCUAGGAUCAUCAAGCCUCACCCCGACUUCCGGAUUUUCCUGACCAUGGACCCACGCUAUGGCGAGCUUUCCCGUGCGAUGCGGAAUCGAUCUGUCGAGAUUUACCUUGAGCAAUCGCAGAUCGGGAGCGACCGCUAUCUCUCAACCAUAACGGAAAUUGAGUCUUUAAUGCGGAGAUAUAGUCACGCCACUCAUGUGAGCUCUGAAGUCUCCGUGAAUGGCGGUGUUGAGGUCACCCGUCUGGCACUCGACAACCUCGACCUCGGAGACGUCUCGCUUCUGGCGAGAUAUGAGAAAGCUUUCACGGGUGGCCUCGGUUCUUCGCAAGACGUGACAGCUCCUGAGACCAGUUCCGACAUUUCUGCACUCGUGUCGUACGUUCAGUCGACAAAGGCCGCACCCGCGAGACAGGCCAUUCUUCAAUUGUACACGGCCGUUUCCACGAAGGUCUCAGGGAGCGAACUGUUGACUGCGACGCAGCCUCUUCACACCCUAAACAAUGCUCCCAUGGUGAGGGUAAUGGAGAACAACUCAGAUAAAGUUGCGGAGUGGCUGGCCUUUUGCUACGAAGUCUUCAUGGAAAUCCAGUACGCUCAGCAAGCCAUGCAGUCACAGAUCAGGACCCUCGACAGGACCAAGCCCUCAACGUUGAACCGACUACAGCGAUCGCUUGUUUCCGAUCAGGUUGCCAGUGUGGCGAAAGACUCGACCGUCAACGUGGCAGGUUUCCUGAGCUCCAUCGUUCAGCUGAUAGAGGGAUAUAUCGACUCAAGCCUGCAGCAUUCAGAGUCCAGCAUUGACGUCAAGCCAGUUCUGCGAGCGGUUCUGCACUACUGGUGGAGGACCUUCACCUUUGUCACUGGCGCAUCCUUCGAGGAGGCAAGGUUUCAAGCUCAUCUCAAGCAAGGGAUUGACGCCCUGCAGUCCACCACAGACAGCUCCAACAACGAACGAGGACUGCAAGUAGUCACCAGCAUUCUUGGUAAUAUCGAAGAUGCCUUCACGGUUGGCUUCAAACUGACUACAGGACUGAGUAUGGAGACGCUUUGGGCCCUUCUACGGCCAGCUGCUGUCACUGAUGAAGCCACAUUCUCGGCUAUUCAAGAGAUGGAGAAGUUGGCAAACCGCUUUGAUGCUAUUAGGUGGAAGUCCAAUGCCAGUGUUGCAGACCUCAGCAAGGCCAUUUUAUCCUUGGCCGAGGCUUACAGCGUUGUGCGCAAGAAUGCCGUCGCUGCCGCCGACCUCCUACAAAUCCUGCAGGGAGAGAUUGAGCGCCUUGAGGCUAACGCCGACGAUGCUCGCGAGGUCACACCUUUCUUCGAGCAGGAAUUUGAGACACUGAGGCAAGCAUUGACUGUCCAUCGAGCGUCACGCCAGUCGUCCGUCUUCGUGGACGUCCAAGACAUUGUCGUCCUGUCCAACAUGCCCACGCUCUCACAGAUGCGGCUGCAGAGCUGGAACAAUUCUCAACGGCUUCUUCAUUCCAUAGACUAUGUUCUCGCUCGCGCCUCGGAUUCACACCCGUGGAACGGCAAGCUUAUGUCGAGGCUUAUCCAACAGUAUGACUCGACGGCCUCUGCCAAUCUCUUCGCCCUGCAGUCCCUCGAGACAGAGCUGCCAGCCAUGGGCAAACUCCUUGCAGGGUCCUUGGAAGCCGUCUCAGCGGACUCCGUUGGCUGCCUGAACCAGAUCCUGUGGCACUUGAUGCGGGAAGUUAUCGGUUCUCACGACCCGCUCUUGCUCCAGGACUUCGUGUCUCUGUUCGAGCUUCUGUCACAAAAGUUGGUGCCAUCCUCAGUCAAAAUUGAGCGAGGCGGCCUUGCCUUUGAAAUACCAGGCGGUGGUUCCUCUCAGAAGUCCAGAUGUCCCGCGUACAGCGCGGCCAUUUUCAAACAGCACUUCAUACCUGCAGUCGUUGCUCUGGUGACAUCCGAGAAGUCGUUAAUUCAGAAGAGCGCAUUCGCUGCCGUUGCGUGGGUGCACUUCGCCAUCGGGUGUAUCAAGCUCUACGUUCCAGACAAGAUAUUUGAUCCCUACUUGCGGGCCCAGACCGAACGGGACUCCCAUGAAGAGCUUCUGACCAACUUGAGACGCAAGUGGCAAGCUCUGCGCGCCUUCGAAGCGGGCUUCACCGGCCAAGCAUCCAACUUGCGUGCAGAAUUGCUGCGCGAGGAGAUAGACCGCUUGGGUGAGCCUCCGGCAGCCGCGAUCACCAUAUACCGUCCAUCCAGCGUCGACUUGGCUCGACUUCAAGGAGAAUUCAACAACGUUCUGAAUGCCGUUGUGAAGAGUGACGUCGCUUCCGCGGUCUUCGAGCAUCUAGCCAUCGGCACAGAAGACAAGGCUCAAGAACUACAGCUCGUCAUGGACAACGUGCUUCACCUCAUCGAACGUCUGUCCAGUCGCUUCCAGGUUUAUGAGGAUUUGACAGUGCCUUUGGUGACAAUUCUACGUUGCUUACAACUCGGGCUCUCCUUGGGUACUGUGUCUGGCGCCGGGCAGAGAUCAGAUACCGGCUCGCUCCUCAGUGUCACACCGAUGCUGGGCGGGUCACUGUGGAGUCACACAACUCAACUGCCUUCCCAGAGUUUGGAGUUCCUGUCUUAUAUUGGCCUUUGGGUCAGUGUCAAUGGAAUCCAAAGCCUCGACACCUCUCUCCGGCAGCUCGUGUUCCAAUCUCUUCACUACUUCUACGAAGAGUGGAGCAAGAAGCUCGACGCCGACAAGAGGCAGGAAGCCGCCAAAAACAGCCUAUACCGAUACAAGGGGGGCCUUGACGAUGAGGAUGAGGCCGACCAGCAAGAUUUCAACGAGCUGUUCCCUGACUAUGAAGCGGAGGGUGUUGAAGACCGUGCUGCCACAAAGAUUCCGGGCAACGCUUCCCGCAACUUGUCGCUGAAACUGGCUGAACGGCACGAGAAGAUUUUCCUGGAGCCGCAGGAUACUCAACAGAGUAUUAUCAAUUUCUGUUAUAAUUUCUACACAAGUGCCAACCUUUUCGAGUCCCGCAAGCUUGUAAACCUGGUCCACGGCAUCCGGAUGCGCUUCAGGGAACUCCAGAAAGUCGAUGAGAUUGCGCACUUGGAGCCUCUCGCUGACGUACUCGGCGCAUGCGAGCACGUCCUCGAGCUCAGCCACUCGGACCCUCUCGCGAAGAUCAUAACUCGCGUCGAGAAGCUUGUGGCAUUUGUCUACGAGUGGCAGCAUGGUGGUUGGGCCAGCCACAUUUACGGCGCCUUGAGUCUCUACAACAGGUUGACGGACACGGUCGUAAGCUGGCGUCGCCUGGAACUCGCAACCUGGGCCAAGUUGUUCGACAUGGAGGUUGAGAAGUUCCAGACCGAUGCCAAGUCUUGGUGGUUCGUCGCUUACCACGCUGUCAUCGCCAUUCCCAUGACAAAGGUUGAGUUAGGCCAAGACUUGAAGGAUUACUCUGUCCAGUUGGUGUCAGACCUUGAAAUGUUCUUCUCCGAGGCCGUGUUGGGCGAGUUCCACACCCGCCUUCAGUUACUUCUCCAGUUGAGCAAACAGCUCGAGCUCCUGGUCGUUGACUAUGCGCCACUCGGCCUUAUCCACAACGCAGUGCUGAACUUCAUUUCCAUGUACCGCCGCUAUGAGAGCAGAGUGGUGGAGGCAAUUCAAAAGGGAAGGGCUACCGUCGAGAAGGCCAUGAAAGAUGUCCUCUUGCUCGCCAGCUGGAAGGAUACCAACAUUGUGGCUCUGCGCGAGAGUGCCCGCAAAUCUCAUCAGAAGCUGUUCAAGCUUGUCAGGAAAUUCCGGGCUGUCCUUGGUCAACCCAUGAGACCCAUUGUCGACCAAGGACUUCCGGACGAGAACCACGCAGGCAACAAAGCGACAAAAUUCGUUCCUCCCACACCACCCCAGCCGAACGACGCAGCUGCCUCGACAUGCCAGCAGCUGAUUCCUGGCUGGCUUCAUGAUGCUCAUGCUAAGCGACUUUCAAACGCCGGCAAGAUCAUCAGCAUCAUGUCCAAGUCGUCUCAGCUGCCCGAGGCCACGAUCAAUGCAGCCGAAAUAGUUGACACAUUCGUGUCUGACACGAUGUCUGCUAUGUCUUCACUGAAGCGGGAAACUCCAGCUUUCUUGAAUGAUGAGAACAAAGAGCAAGUCAAGCACCUCAAGACUAGGAAGUUCCGCUUGUUUGAAGAAACGGUCAAGGCAAUCCGAACCAUGGGCUUCACGCGGAACCUCAACGAAGCUCACAUUCGCAACCAAAAGCAGUUGGCAGCUGUGCUGGCCAAGUUGGAGUACCUGCCUUCUGGAGGAGAUUCAAGCCUGGCUGGGACCGAGUACUACUUCCACAAGGUUCUGGAUCUGGCUCCACAAGUGAGAAACUCUUUGCACGACCACAACGGCGACCUCACGAACGAGACUGUCCGACGAAGCACCGGUUACAUGGAAGGCAUCAUACAUGUUCUGAUUCAACAACGCCGGUGCCUAGCCGAGAACGCCAACACGUUGACCUCCUUGGAUGCGUCUAUUGCCAACGUACAAUCGCUCAUUCUGUCCAACCAGUCCGAGAAUCUGGUCUCGAAACGGGAGACGUCAAAUCACACUCAACUCCUGCGUUGGCUUGUACCUGUGCUGGACUUGGGUCUCCACCUGAUUGAGGUACACAGCACGCUCGGCAAGGUUGCCAACGGUCCCGUGCAGUCUGCGCUCCAAGACUGGCAUGCAAGAUUCACCAAGCUCCAAUCUCGGUUUGAUGCUUGCCAAAAGCUGUCGGAUGGCCUCGACUCUGAAACUCAGCUGCAAUUGCGAGAGCAGCUGCAGGAGAAGCUGGAUGAUUUCGAGGCAACACUGCAAUUGCUCGAAUCCGAACGGCCUGACCUCGGCUUCAUCUUCCAGCAGCUCCACAUAUGGACGACCAUCACUGUCAGCGACCAGCAACCCGAGACAGCAACCGAGGAUGCUACGGUAUUUGUCAGGGAGACUCUGAAUCUUUCGAAGAAGGUCCUCGAUGCUGUUCAAAAAUUGCAGAAGGCAGCAACAUCCAUGCCAGCAUCAACGGAAGAUGCAUCGUGGCUUCUGCAGUACAAUGACACACUCGCAAACAUGCUCAAGUCUUUGCACAUGACGACAAUCGUUGACAGCAUCGGCGACUCCGUUGCCCGCCUGGACAGUCUGAACUUGGACGACCAGGCCGUUAAGAAUGCUGCAUUCUCUCUUCUUGCCGUCACUCUGCCCUUGCUGCAGCAAUACGCCAUCAUAUGCCGCACAACCGUCGCGGACCUGACCAGUGUGCACUGCUCCAGCUCCAAGAUGGCGCUCAACCUCGGCAAGGCGUUUGUGGAGAUUGCCUCUAGGGGCUUCUGCACCCCACAAGAGAAGUCCGACGAGACCUCCGCAGACUCGGGCAAGCUCGAGAGCGGCACCGGGCUCGGCGACGGCGAGGGCGCCGAGGACAUCAGCAAGGAUAUCCAGCCGGAUGAAGACCUCUCGGAGCUGGCUCAAGAGCCAAACAAGGAGAAAGACGGCGAGAUCGAAGACCAGGAGGACGCCAUCGACAUGGGCCAGGACGAUAUGGAGGGCGACAUGGGCAGCGCAGCAGGCGACGAUAAGGACGAUGAAGGUGAUAAGGACGGCGAGGAAGAGGACAAGGACGAAAUGGACGAGGAAACUGGUGAGGUGGACGAUCUCGACCCCACCGCAGUCGACGAAAAGAUGUGGGACGGGGAUGGCGACGACGCGGACAAGGACCAGGAAGGAGACGACACGAAGGGCCAGAAGAACGAAGACGAGCAGGCCGCAGCUAAGGACGCGCCUGAAAGCAAGGACUCGAAGCAGCAGGACGAGCCAGAGCAGGGUAAGCCCGAGCAAGAAGUGGAAGAAGAGGAGGCGGGCCCGGAGGAAGACGAAGCGGGCGCGCAGGAAGAGUUGAACAGGCAAGACCAGAACGUGGAGGAAAAAGAGGCGUUGGCAUUGCCAGACGAUAUGGACAUCGACGGCAGCGACGACGACCAAUCGGCCAUCUCAGACGACGAUUUGGACAAGCUCUCGGACAUACAGCAAGACGCGGAGGAGGAAGCCAAGAAAGAGGGAGACGCAGAGAGCGUCGAUGAGAAUGAGGGCGACCAGGGCGAGAUGAACCAGGAGGACAUGGAACAGGAAAUCGACGCAGAGAACCCGGACGAAGACAUGACGGGCGACAACGCCGAGAUGGAAGAAAAGGAACCUGAAGCGGAGGAGCAGGGCGCGGACGACUCGGGGGAAAAGGACGAGACAAAGCCACCGCUGGACCCCAACGACAACUCCCACGCAGACCCAGACAAUGCCGCGCCCAGCGAUAUCAAGAGCGGCGCCGGGCAAGACCAGAACAACAUGGAGAACGGGCAAGAUGACGACAACUCGCAGGCCAAAGCGGCGCAGCGCGAGAGCGGCGAAAUGGGACAAAACUCGGACGAUCGGCAGACCGCCGUCGGGAACGAGGGCGCAGUGUCGAGGCAGAACGAUGACCAAGACCGCUCGGACGAGGCCAACCAGCCCGACGACUCAGCACAGUCGCAGCCGUUCAAGAAGCUCGGCGACGCCCUCGAGAGGUGGUACAGGCAAAAUCAAGACAUCAAAGACUCGAUGGACGAGAAUCAGGAGGCUCGGCAACAAGAUGACUCAGAUAUGGCCCAGAAGGAACUGCAGCAUCUGCAAAAUGACAACGACGCCCCCGACGCGCAAGCCCUUGGCACGGCCGCCGAGGACGAGGUGCAGCCCAUCGACGAGUCCAUGGCAAUUGACGAGGACAAGCGAGACGACCAGAGCCGGCUGAUGCCCCAACAAGACAACGAAGAUGACAACAUGGACAUCGAUGAUGACUUGGACGGCGCGGAACAGGACGAGUCCAAAGACAAGGACAUGCCUGAACGCGACGAGUCUCGAAGUGGCGUCGCGACCAGGCGCGGCGCCUUCAACCGUGAGCGGUCCACGUCUCCCUCCAGGACGAACCAGAUGGAGGAGCCAGAGGACGACACCGUGGAGGAGACAUCGACGCAGCUGGACAGCACGCACCUCGGCGACCCUGACCGCCCGCUGCGCGACUACCAGCAGGCCCUCGAGGCGUGGACGGCGCUCCAGACCAAGACGCACCCGCUCUCGCUCGCGCUCACGUCGCAGCUGCGGCUGAUCCUGACGCCCUCGCAGAGCACCAAGCUGUCCGGGUCGUACCGCACGGGCAAGCGGCUCAACAUCAAGAAGAUCAUCCCGUACAUCGCGUCGGGCUACAAGCGCGACAAGAUCUGGAUGCGCCGCGCCGUGCCGACCAAGCGCACGUACCAGAUCCUGCUGUGCGUCGACGACUCGCAGUCCAUGGGCCACACCACCGCCGGCGCCAUGGCCCUCGAGUCCCUCGUCAUGGUGUCGCGCGCGCUGGCGAUGCUCGAGGCCGGCCAGGUCGGCGUGCUCGGCUUCGGCGCCGACGUCUUCACGGCGCACGAGCUGGCCGCCCCGCUCCUGUCGUCCCACGACGCCGGCGCCCGCGUCCUGCAGAAUUUCACCUUCGCGCAGGACCGCACCGACGUGGCGCUGCUGAUCCGCCGGACGCUGGACCAGCUUCGCGCGGCGCGGGCCACCGCCUCAGGCGGUCGCGGCGGAGGUGAAGACCUCUGGCAGCUGGCGCUGAUCCUGUCGGACGGGCUGACGCCGUCGGACUCGCACGAGCGGAUCCGGCGGAUGCUGCGCGAGGCGCUCGAGGAGCGCGUCAUGGUCGUCUUCAUCAUCAUGGACGACAGCUCCUCGCGCAAGGGCGACAGCGUGCUGCAGCUGGGCAAGGCAAAGUUCGUGCGGCGGGCCGACGGCUCCAGCGACGUCGUCGUCGAGAGGUACCUCGACACGUUCCCCUUCCAGUACUACCUGAUCGUGCACAACCUGGAGGAGCUGCCUGGUGCCCUGGCGGGACUGUUGAGGACGUGGUUUGCGGAGGUUAAUUCGUAG